CCUCGUGUUCCUCCUUCGUUCCUUCCCUCUUCCUGCACUCCACGUCUUGCUCGAGGUCUCAGAAGCAUCUUGAACAAUGGGCUUUGGCGAUCUGAAAACCCCUGGCGGCCUCAAGGUCCUCAACGACUUUUUAGCCGACAAGAGCUACAUCGAGGGGUGGGUGCCCUCCCAGGCCGACGUGGCUGUGUUCGAUGCAAUCUCCUCAGCACCCUCCACAGACCUGUGCCACGCUCUGCGCUGGUACAACCACAUCAAGUCAUUCCAGAACAAGAAGGGCAGUCUGCCAGGAGUGAAGAAGCCCCUGGGCCAGUAUGGUCCUGCCGGGGUGGAGGACAAGACUGCUGCAGCCGGAGACUCUAAGGAUGGCGACGAUGACAUGGACCUCUUCGGCUCUGACGAAGAGGAGGACGCAGAGGCAGAAAAGCUGAAGGAGGAGAGAAUCGCAGCUUACGCCGCCAAGAAGUCAAAGAAGCCCACACUCAUCGCCAAGUCGUCCAUCCUGCUUGAUGUGAAGCCGUGGGAUGACGAGACGGACAUGGCCAAGCUGGAGGAGUGUGUUCGCAGCAUCUCAAUGGACGGCCUGCUCUGGGGACAGUCCAAGCUGGUACCAGUGGGCUAUGGCAUCAAGAAGCUGCAGAUCGGGUGUGUGGUGGAGGACGACAAGGUGGGAACAGACCAGCUGGAAGAACAGAUCACAGCCUUCGAGGACUAUGUCCAGUCUAUGGAUGUGGCUGCGUUCAACAAGAUCUAAAACUCAAACACUUACCAACAAAGACACUGAGCACCUUGGAGCCGCAAUAAAAAGCACUUCAGAUGGAAAA